AGGAUUUUCAAUCAAUAAAGUGUGAAUGAUGAGAUUGAAGGAUAAAGAACAUAUAUUAAACAUAUCCAAAUGGGCUAUUUCAGAUGUUUUAUAUUGGCUAAGUUACAACGGGUUUGACGAAUAUGUUGAUUUAUUUUGCAAGCACAAAAUUAAUGGAAAAGUACUAUUGUCUUUAAAUGAAAAGGAUUUAAAAAAUUACCCAUUGAAAAUGAAUUGUUUAGGAGAUAUAAAAAGUUUAAUAUUUUUAAUAAGAAAUUUAAUAAAUAAUUUAAACUGUAAAAAUACAAGAAGCAUUAAAAACAAAAGAGCUCUACUAAAUAACCAAAUAGGUAAAUAUAGAAAUCUCCAUAAAAAAAAAUUAAACCUAAAUAGAAAUUAUAAUAAAAAAUAUCUAAAUACUCAUUUUAUAUAUCCUUUAUUAGAUUUACAUAAUGAUUCUAUCAUAUAUAAAACUAGAGAAAAUGAAUUAAACAAUUCUAAAGAACUUUUUCCCAAUUUUUCUGAAAAUAUUAUUGAGCCAUUGCAUAUAGACAAAAAUAACAUAUUAAUUAAAGAUUUUGGAACAUCAUCCUUGAAUAUUGACAAUAAAAAUAUAAGUAACACUUCUAUAAAAGAAAUGAAUGAUAGCUCAGUAAGAAAAAGUUAUAUUGACAAUACAUAUUCUGCCUAUUCCCCUGAAAUUCCUGUUUAUUAUGAUAAAUAUAAUAUUAAAACCACAAAUGUAAAUAGCACUCAAAAUACAUUACAAUCUAAAAAAUAUAAAUUAUUAAAUGAUGAUCUUAUGACAAAUAAGGAUGAAAUGAAAGGUGGAAAAUACAUUAAUGGCUCCAAAAUUUUUUAUGAUCAACUUCCAUAUAAAAAUAACAUUUUUAUAGAGCUAUCAAAUAACACUGAUUACAAAUACUCAAGUAAUUAUAUUUCUUCAAGUUUAUAUCCAAACCUUAAAUCUACAUUGACCAAUCACCUUAGUAACAAACAUAAAAGUCCGCAAACUCAAUGCCAUGAUUCUGUUUGUGAAAAUUUUCAAAAUUCAACUUUGUCAAACUCUUACUACCAAAAUAAGAAUAACAAUUCUGACUAUAUAAAAGAGACAGACACAAAAUAUCGCAAGUUGAAAAGACCUCCAUCCUCUAAUUUAUCUCCUUAUAGUAACCACAAUAAUCGUCGACGUCAUUUAUCUUCUUCCCAGUUUGAUGAAUGUCAUGAAGAUGCUUUAAUUCUCAAAUUAGUCCUUGCCUUUGCUUACACACUACUUUCAUUUCUUGUAACUUCCUUUGUAAUGGUCAUUGUUCAUGAUAGAGUACCAGACAUCAAUAAAUAUCCCCCACUUCCUGAUAUUUUCCUUGAUAAUAUUCCCAUUAUACCUGGAGCCUUUUUAAUAUGUGAGCAAAUAGGAAUACUCUUAGGACUCACACUAGCCUCCAUUUGCAUCUUCCAUAAACACAGGUUUAUCAUAUUGAGACGCCUUUGCGCUCUUACUGGUACGGUGUUUUUACUACGCUGCGUAACUAUGGUGAUAACCUCCCUCUCCGUGCCCGGGUCCCACUUAGAAUGUCACCAAGUUGGUAUAAAAACAUCUCUGGAGGAUAAAAUAAUUCGAGCCCUAAAAAUUUGGUCUGGUUUCGGGAUGUCGCUUGUAGGUAUACACUCUUGUGGCGACUACAUGUUCAGUGGACACACAGUCAUUUUAACGAUGCUCAACUUUUUCAUCACCGAAUAUACGCCUAGAUCAUUCUACUUAGUGCACACGUUUUCUUGGGUUCUCAAUCUUUUCGGAAUAUUUUUUAUUCUAGCCGCCCACGAACACUAUUCUAUCGACGUUUUUAUAGCAUUUUAUAUUACUACCAGGUUAUUUCUGUAUUACCAUUCUUUGGCUAACAACAGAGCGCUCAGGCAAAUCGAUAGGGAGCGUAUCAGGACAUGGUUUCCUAUGUUUUCUUAUUUCGAAUCCAGGGUCGAGAGUAUAGUACCAAACGUAUACGAAAUACCGUUUACCGACAUGAAAUUCCAUUGUUUCAAGGAUUUUGAGAAAACGUUAAGGAGAUGUUUUGCCUUGAUUACCCUAUAUUAUGAACGGAUUUUGGAAAAACAACGCUUAGCGCAUUUAAAGACGAGGUCUGGUGAUUUUAGUUCGUCACCUAUUCAUUGAGAAUUUUUUUCGAGACGCCGAGUUGGAUCACAGAUAGGUAAUUAGGGUCACGGAAUACAAGUUUUUUUUUUUGAAAUACAUAUAUUUUUGCAAAUUCUUCAUUUUUUGAAGUUAUAUUUUAGUAUUCAAUAUUAAUUGCAUUAUUAAUCAUUAUUAGAUUUUACAAUUUUCGACACAUAUUUGCAAUUGUAAGUGACUUAAUUUAUUUCGAACAUAUUUAUUUUAUUAUACACUUAAACACUCAUUGUAGUUAUGCAUUUUGAAUAAAUACUUAUAUGAAAUAUUAUAUUAUCACAAAAAAAUUGAUUUCAAUGGACUUUUUUAUUGUAUUAAAGCUCAAUAAUCAACCAAUUUUUACUCUGUUGAUUUAUUUAUUAUUAUAUUUGGAUUGUAUUUAUAUAGUUAUUAUUAUUAUUAUAAUAUAUAUAUUUGGAUAAUUUUUCAAUAUU